GUUUCCCACGAGCAGCAGCCAAGAGAAGACGCUCCUGAGAAACGCUGGGAUUUAUUUAUUAACUAACAAGGAUAUUUAUACUAACUCUUCUGCACUUUCUGGAGAUUUAAAGAAGACUUCUGGGGAUCUAUGAGAGCUUCUGGGAGGAUUUUAAAGAAGUUGUAACGCCGAGGCGGAGUUAUGAACCGUUUCUUGGUGAAACUAACGCUACUGACUGCAGCAUCGCUCGCGACGGUGGCACAAGGGCAAAGAUGCUCAGAAUACUGUCAGAAUGGAGGAAUAUGCGAGUACAAGCCCAGCGGAGAAGCAUCAUGCAGGUGUCCUGCAGACUUCGUGGGCGCUCAAUGUCAGUUCCUGAACCCCUGCAACCCAUCUCCAUGUCGUAACGGAGGUGUGUGUCGGCCGCAGAUGCAGGGUAAUGAAGUGAGUGUGAAGUGCGACUGUGUGUUAGGAUUCAGUGACCGUCUCUGUCUGACUCCAGUCAAUCACGCUUGCAUGAACUCUCCCUGCCGCAACGGAGGAACCUGCUCUCUGCUCACACUCGACACCUUCACCUGCCGCUGCCAGCCCGGAUGGUCAGGUAAAACAUGUCAGCUGGCAGACCCGUGCGCCUCAAACCCGUGCGCUAAUGGCGGUCAGUGUUCAGCGUUUGAGUCGCACUAUAUCUGCACUUGUCCUCCAAACUUCCAUGGUCAGACGUGCCGGCAGGACGUGAACGAGUGCGCCGUCUCUCCGUCGCCCUGCAGGAACGGCGGCACCUGUAUUAAUGAGGUGGGCUCUUACCUGUGCCGCUGCCCGCCCGAGUACACCGGCCCGCACUGCCAGCGCCUCUACCAGCCCUGCCUGCCCUCGCCCUGCAGGAGCGGAGGAACCUGCGUGCAGACCAGCGACACUACACACACCUGCUCCUGCCUGCCAGGCUUCACAGGUCAGACGUGUGAGCAUAAUGUUGAUGAUUGUACUCAACACGCCUGUGAGAACGGCGGACGCUGCAUCGACGGCAUCAACACCUACAACUGCCACUGCGACAAACACUGGACCGGUCAGUACUGUACUGAAGAUGUGGACGAGUGUGAACUGUCUCCAAACGCCUGUCAGAACGGCGGGACGUGCCACAACACCAUCGGCGGUUUCCACUGUGUGUGUGUGAACGGCUGGACGGGCGACGACUGCAGCGAAAACAUCGACGACUGCGCCAGCGCCGCCUGCUCGCAUGGGGCCACCUGCCAUGACCGCGUCGCCUCCUUCUUCUGCGAGUGUCCACACGGACGCACCGGUCUUCUGUGCCACCUGGAUGACGCCUGCAUCAGUAACCCGUGUCAGAAGGGCUCAAACUGCGACACAAACCCAGUGAGUGGGAAAGCCAUCUGCACCUGCCCGCCUGGAUACACCGGAUCCGCUUGCAACCAGGACAUUGAUGAGUGCUCGCUCGGUGCAAAUCCCUGUGAGCAUGGCGGCCGCUGCCUCAACACUAAAGGCUCCUUCCAGUGCAAGUGUCUGCAAGGGUAUGAAGGGCCGAGGUGUGAAAUGGACGUCAACGAGUGCAAGUCAAACCCCUGCCAAAAUGAUGCAACCUGCCUUGACCAGAUUGGAGGAUUUCACUGCAUCUGCAUGCCUGGUUAUGAGGGUGUGUUUUGUCAGAUCAACACUGAUGAUUGUGCAUCGCAGCCGUGUCUAAACAGUGGAAAAUGCAUCGACAAAAUCAACUCUUUCCACUGUGAAUGCCCUAAAGGGUUUUCUGGGAGUCUGUGUCAGGUGGAUGUUGAUGAAUGUGCCAGUACGCCAUGUAAAAAUGGAGCCAAGUGCACAGACGGACCCAACAAAUACACCUGUGAAUGCACUCCAGGUUUUUCUGGCAUUCACUGUGAGCUGGACAUCAAUGAAUGUGUGUCGAGCCCUUGUCAUUACGGUGUGUGUCGUGACGGUGUGGCCUCCUUCACCUGCGACUGCCGGCCUGGAUACACCGGACGCUUGUGUGAAACCAACAUCAACGAGUGUUUGAGCCAACCCUGCCGAAACGGAGGAACCUGCCAGGACAGAGAGAACGCCUACAUCUGUACCUGUCCUAAAGGAACCACAGGUGUGAACUGCGAGAUCAACAUUGACGACUGCAAGAGAAAGCCAUGUGACUAUGGAAAGUGCAUUGACAAGAUUAACGGCUACGAGUGUGUGUGUGAACCCGGAUACUCAGGCUCGAUGUGCAACAUCAACAUAGACGACUGUGCGUUGAACCCAUGCCAUAAUGGCGGCACCUGCAUCGACGGCGUGAACAGCUUCACCUGUCUGUGUCCGGAUGGUUUUCGGGACGCCACCUGCCUCUCGCAGCACAACGAGUGCUCCAGCAACCCCUGCAUCCACGGCAGCUGCCUGGACCAGAUCAACAGCUACAGGUGUGUGUGUGAGGCCGGCUGGACGGGACGCAACUGUGACAUCAACAUCAACGAGUGCCUGUCCAACCCCUGCGUGAACGGAGGAACCUGCAAAGACAUGACCAGCGGAUACUUGUGCACAUGCAGAGCCGGAUUCAGCGGUCCAAACUGCCAGAUGAACAUUAAUGAGUGUGCAUCGAACCCGUGUCUGAACCAGGGCUCCUGCAUUGACGAUGUGGCCGGAUUCAAGUGCAACUGUAUGCUGCCGUACACAGGUGAGGUGUGUGAGAAUGUUUUAGCCCCUUGUUCUUCACGUCCCUGUAAAAACGGCGGUGUGUGUCGUGAAUCUGAAGAUUUCCAGAGUUUCUCCUGCAACUGUCCUGCUGGAUGGCAAGGUCAGACGUGUGAGGUGGACAUUAACGAGUGUGUGAGGAACCCGUGCACUAAUGGAGGAGUGUGUGAAAACCUGCGCGGUGGAUUUCAGUGCCGCUGCAAUCCUGGAUUCACUGGGGCUCUGUGUGAAAAUGACAUCGAUGACUGCGAGCCCAACCCUUGCAGUAACGGCGGCGUGUGUCAGGAUCGGGUCAAUGGUUUUGUGUGUGUGUGUUUGGCUGGUUUUCGAGGUGAGCGCUGUGCGGAGGACAUUGAUGAGUGUGUGAGCGCCCCCUGCAGAAACGGUGGAAACUGCACAGACUGUGUUAACAGCUACACCUGCAGCUGCCCCGCGGGCUUCAGCGGCAUCAACUGCGAGAUCAACACACCCGACUGCACUGAGAGCUCGUGUUUUAACGGUGGGACGUGUGUGGAUGGCAUCAACUCUUUCUCCUGUGUGUGUUUGCCGGGAUUUACCGGAAAUUACUGUCAGCAUGAUGUGAAUGAGUGCGACUCUCGGCCUUGUCAGAACGGAGGCUCCUGUCAGGACGGAUACGGCACCUAUAAAUGCACCUGUCCACACGGCUACACCGGACUCAACUGCCAGAGUCUUGUGCGCUGGUGUGACUCGUCUCCCUGUAAGAACGGAGGCUCGUGUUGGCAGCAGGGGGCGUCCUUCACCUGUCAGUGUGCCAGCGGCUGGACGGGCAUCUACUGCGACGUGCCCAGUGUCAGCUGUGAGGUCGCCGCCAGACAACAAGGUGUGUCUGUGGCAGUUUUGUGUCGUCAUGCGGGUCAGUGUGUGGAUGCGGGAAACACACACCUGUGCAGGUGUCAGGCUGGAUACACCGGCAGUUACUGUCAGGAGCAGGUGGACGAGUGUCAGCCGAACCCCUGCCAAAAUGGAGCCACGUGCACAGACUAUCUGGGAGGAUACAGCUGUGAGUGCGUUCCUGGUUAUCAUGGUAUGAACUGCAGCAAGGAGAUCAACGAGUGUCUUUCUCAGCCCUGCCAGAAUGGAGGAACCUGCAUUGACCUCGUGAACACCUACAAAUGCUCCUGCCCACGAGGAACACAAGGUGUUCACUGUGAGAUUGACAUUGAUGACUGUUCUCCGUCUGUGGAUCCGUUAACCGGAGAGCCGCGGUGUUUUAAUGGCGGGCGAUGUGUGGAUCGUGUCGGUGGUUAUGGUUGUGUGUGUCCGGCUGGUUUUGUGGGCGAACGCUGCGAGGGCGACGUUAACGAGUGCCUGUCGGACCCCUGUGACCCCAGCGGAUCCUACAACUGCGUUCAGCUCAUCAAUGACUUCCGCUGCGAGUGUCGUACAGGAUACACCGGCAAGCGCUGUGAAACAGUCUUCAACGGCUGCAAGGACACGCCCUGCAAAAACGGAGGAACGUGUGCCGUGGCAAGCAACACCAAACACGGAUACAUCUGCAAAUGCCAACCUGGUUACUCCGGCUCAUCCUGCGAGUAUGACUCUCAAUCUUGUGGCUCGCUGCGCUGUCGUAACGGUGCCACCUGUGUGUCGGGGCACCUGAGCCCUCGCUGUCUGUGUGCACCAGGCUUCAGCGGGCAUGAAUGUCAAACCCGCAUGGACUCGCCGUGCCUCGUCAACCCGUGCUACAACGGCGGCACCUGCCAGCCAAUCAGCGAUGCUCCGUUUUACCGCUGCUCCUGCCCGGCUAACUUCAACGGGCUGCUGUGCCACAUUCUGGAUUAUUCCUUCAGUGGCGGGCAGGGCCGAGACAUCGCGCCACCAGUCGAAGUGGAAAUCCGCUGCGAAAUCGCCCAAUGCGAAGGACGUGGCGGAAACGCCAUCUGUGAUACGCAGUGUAAUAAUCACGCGUGCGGAUGGGACGGCGGAGACUGCUCUCUGAAUUUCGAUGACCCCUGGCAGAACUGUAGCGCCGCCCUGCAGUGCUGGAGAUACUUCAAUGAUGGGAAAUGCGACGAGCAGUGCGCCACCGCGGGCUGUCUUUAUGACGGAUUUGACUGUCAGAGGCUGGAGGGACAGUGCAAUCCGCUGUAUGACCAGUACUGCAGGGAUCACUAUGCGGAUGGUCACUGUGAUCAGGGCUGUAAUAAUGCAGAGUGUGAAUGGGACGGUCUGGACUGCGCUGAUGACGUCCCGCAGAAGCUGGCAUUGGGCAGUUUGGUUCUGGUGGUCCACAUCCCGCCGGAUGAGCUACGAAAUCGUUCCUCAUCGUUCCUCCGCGAGCUCAGCAGCCUGCUGCACACUAAUGUGGUGUUUCGGCGUGACGCCAACGGAGAGCCACUGAUCUUCCCAUACUACGGCAGCGAACACGAGCUCAGCAAACACAAGCGCUCUGAUUGGACCGAUCCUGGUCAGCUGAUGCAGCGCGCCAGGAGGAGUCUGACGUCACUCCUGAAGCCCCGCCCACGCAGAGAGCUUGAUCACAUGGAGGUCAAAGGGUCUAUCGUGUAUCUGGAGAUUGAUAACCGUCAGUGUUUUCAGCAGUCUGAUGAGUGUUUUCAGAGCGCAACGGAUGUGGCCGCUUUCCUCGGAGCUCUGGCCUCCAGUGGAAACCUCAAUGUUCCCUAUAUCAUAGAGGCCGUCACCAGUGAAGGUGGUCCCCCAAAGACGGGUGAGAUGUACCCCAUGUUCCUGGUUCUUCUGGCUCUGGCUGUUCUGGCUCUGGCUGCUGUCGGUGUGGUCGUCUCCAGGAAGAGGAAGCGGGAACACGGCCAGCUUUGGUUCCCUGAGGGAUUUAAAGUCAACGAACCCAAAAAGAAGAGAAGAGAACCUGUGGGAGAGGACUCUGUCGGACUCAAGCCUCUGAAAAACUCCGACAGCUCUCUGAUGGAUGAACAGCUGAGCGAAUGGGCUGAAGACGACACCAAUAAACGAUUCCGGUUUGAGGGGCAGAGCAUUCUGGAGAUGAGCGGUCAGCUGGACCACCGUCAGUGGACUCAGCAGCAUCUGGACGCCGCAGACUUGCGCUUGAACUCGAUGGCUCCGACGCCGCCACAGGGCGAGAUCGAGAACGACUGCAUGGAUGUCAAUGUCCGCGGGCCUGACGGCUUUACUCCACUAAUGAUCGCAUCGUGUAGCGGCGGCGGUCUUGAAAAUGAAAACGGCGAAGCAGAAGAAGAUCCAUCCGCUGACGUGAUCACAGACUUCAUUUAUCACGGAGCCAACCUGCACAAUCAGACGGACCGCACGGGCGAGACCGCUCUUCAUCUGGCAGCACGUUAUGCUCGCUCGGACGCCGCUAAGCGCCUGCUGGAGUCCUGCGCAGACGCUAACGUGCAGGAUAACAUGGGCCGAACACCGCUGCACGCCGCCGUCGCUGCUGAUGCACAGGGAGUCUUCCAGAUCCUCAUUCGGAACCGAGCGACGGAUCUGGACGCCCGCAUGCAUGAUGGGACGACGCCGCUGAUUCUGGCCACCCGGUUGGCUGUUGAGGGAAUGGUGGAGGAGCUCAUUAACUGCCAUGCAGAUCCGAAUGCUGUUGAUGAUUCAGGUAAAUCAGCUCUUCAUUGGGCGGCUGCUGUUAACAAUGUGGACGCUGCUGUCGUGCUGUUGAAGAAUGGAGCCAAUAAAGACCUGCAGAAUAAUAAGGAGGAAACGCCUCUUUUCCUGGCCGCUCGUGAGGGAAGUUAUGAAACGGCUAAAGUCCUGCUCGAUCACCUGGCCAAUCGGGACAUUGCGGAUCACCUGGACCAGCUGCCUCGGGACAUCGCUCACGAGCGCAUGCACCACGAUAUCGUGCGUCUGCUGGAGGAAUAUAACCUGGUCCGGAGUCCGCCGCUGCCCUUAUCGCCCCCGCUCUGCUCCCCAAACACAUACCUGGGCAUCAAACCCAGCCCAGGAAACAACAACAACACGGCCAAGAAAACACGCAAACCUGGAGGAAAAGGUGUCGCAGGGAAAGACAGCGGGAAGGACAUCAGAACCAAAAAGAAAAAGAGUGGAGACGGCAAAAACGGCGGGAUUAUGGAAGUGGGCGUCCUCUCGCCUGUUGAUUCGCUGGAGUCUCCACACGGCUACCUUUCAGACGUCUCAUCUCCACCCAUGAUGACAUCACCUUUCCAGCAGUCUCCGCCUAUCAGUUUAAAUCAGCUCCAGGGAUUGGCUGACUCCCACAUGGGUGGAGCUCUUCAGGGUUUAGGGAAGCCAUUUGACUCCGCCCCUCGUUUAUCCCAUCUGCCGGUGGCCAACAAUGUGGGUGGAGCUCAAGCAGGCGCUUGUGAUUGGCUGCAAAGGGUGCAGCAACAACAGCAGGCAGGCAUGCUAAUGCCCACAAUGCUCUCUGCUACUAAUAUGCCACAAGUCAUGGGAUAUCCCACCAUGCAAAGCAGCCAUCUCGGUGCACCAUCACACAUGAUCGCCCAUCAAAACAUGGCGCCAAUGCAGCACCAAAACAUCUCGCAUCACUUCCUCGGGGACCUCAGCGGGCUGGAUCUUCAGUCGGGCUCAGGACACGCCCCCAUUCAGACCAUCCUACCGCAGGACAGCCAGCGAAUGGCUCCGCCCAUUUCUAGCACACAGUUUCUGACUCCGCCUUCUCAGCAUAGCUAUUCCAACCCUAUGGACAACACGCCCAAUCACCAGCAGGUCCCGGACCACCCGUUCCUCACGCCCUCCCCCGGAUCUCCCGACCAAUGGUCUAGCUCAUCUCCACAUUCCAACUUGUCUGAUUGGUCGGAAGGAAUCUCGAGUCCGCCCACCAGUAUGCAGAUGAACCAUAUUCCAGAGGCCUUCAAGUAGGCGGAGCUUCGGCAUCAAAAAAAGCUAGACUGUUUAUAUUAACGACAAGAACUGUUUUAUUGAUUGAUUUUUUUUUUUAAUUAUUAAUAUUGUAUGCUAAGAACCAUUUUUAUUGUUUUGUUUUUGUAUUUAUUUAUGUGUUUUGACUACAGAUAUACAUUUCUUUUUAAUUUAUACUGUAUUUUAUUUCUAUUUUAACCAUGUCCUGAAAAUAAUUCUUUAAAAAAAUUGUGAUGCUGCCAGAGAAUGUUUUGUUUUUUGUUUUUUUUUUAGGUAAAAUUUCAGUAUUAAUUAGAUUUUAUAUGAUCUUUUUUACCAAACGGCUAGUUUUCUGUCAUCAAAAGAGUAGAGAAAGUCUUAAUAUUGUGAUGUUUAUUGUAUAGUGGAUGUAUUGACACACUCUGACUUGCCUCCGCACACAUUUCUUUAUUUUUGUGAAAGAGAGUCAUUUAUGAUGAGUUUAUGCUAUGUUGCCGAGUAUUGUCUGUAGACACUGUUCUCACUUCACUAAGAGCCCAAAUGUUUGUUUUUUUCCCAUGGUACCUUGCUUCAGGUGUUUUGGGAGCUUUUCAAAUGUAGCGUAGCGAUCACUGUUAUUUAUUUCCUGCUGUAGACAUGUAGGACAUUUUUGAAGACAUGGAGAUGUGUGCGUGUGUGUGUGUGCGUGUGCGUG